UCCUCAAGAACACAAAGCUGUGCAUAUCUCAUCGGUCUCUUCUGUUUUGGUACAUCAACGCACAGAAAUGUCCACGAAUCUCAUGACCUAUCUGAGAUGGAAUCAUUGCAACCUACGUCUUCCAGCACGGAACCACAGGCCACCUCAAAGACAUCCAUUCGAAGCAAGACCUGGUACAUUCUCAGCAAGCCUUUCGUCGGUUAUCGAAGUCUCAAACGACGAAGUCGCUUUCACGGCUGGCAAUGGGGUGUCGUAGCUGGCAUCUUCGCCUGUACCUUUGUGCUUUUUAUGAGUAUUGCUUUCAUGAUAAUCGGUCUCACAGCCAAAAUGAGCAAUCAAGGUGGCAUUGCGACACUCCUCGCGGGUAAUGAAGACCAAGUUUCACGGGCGAGCACUGCUCUACAUGUCAUAAUCCACGUUCUUAGCACCUUACUACUGAGCGCUAGCAACUAUACUAUGCAAGUCCUCUCUUCGCCCACCAGAGCCGAGUGUAUCAAAGCGCAUGAAAGAGGCAGUUAGCUAGACGUCGGCAUACCCAGCCUCCGGAACGUUGGAUCCAUUUCGCGUCGUAGAAGAGUUCUUUGGUUUGUACUAGGGCUUUCAUCGGUGCCACUACAUUUAUUCUACAACGCGUCCAUUUUUCAAGUUCUAUCUGACAACGAGUACCGCAUCAAGAUCAUCGAGUACGAUAAUACAGAAUGGAAUUCGUUCGUGAAUGCCACGUAU